UUUUCCAAUUUGACAGUGAACGCAUCAAGAAGCAAUAGAAGGAGGUUGCGCUUGGCAGUUAGCAGUCCAGCUAACUUCAUAGCUAACUAUGCCUGGAAAAUGCAAAUUCCAAGACUCCUGGCUCUCAAAGGGAAUUUACAAGGACUGGCUGGUUAAAGAUGCCCAUGACAUUCACUUCGCCCGAUGUAGGGCCUGUUGCAAAUCAAUCAAACUUCAGACCAUGGGCGAGGCUGCUCUCACCAGCCACGCAGGGGGAGCUGGUCACAAAGCUGCGGUCCGCAAGCUAGUGGAAGGUAGCUCAGCUCAGCUUAAACAGCAUGCCCCAAAUUGUUCAGAAGUAUCUGCAGCCGACAACCUGAUGUUGAUAAAUUCUGCUGGUCAGAUGAAUGGCAGCGUCAAUCAGACUGAGGACAGCAAGGACCAAGUGUCCAUCUGUCUCCAGCGUGAGGCCUUGGACAGAAUAACAGGCAGUGACUGGUCAGAGCUGCACCAUAGCCCCACUACAAACUCCAGCUCCCACAACGCAGAGCUCCACGAUGUGACCUUUCCUGCUGCCUUCUUCACAGCACCAGGCACCUCCAGGCUCAUCAGUCAGCGCCUCCACCCAUCAGGCAGCGAUACGGAGGAAGUGGGCCAUCGCUUGACUCGGCAGGACUCCGUCGACCUGUCAAGACUGGAGCACCAGCAGAGGACCGAUGCUCUGGAGCAGCAGCAGCAGAUGAAGAUCCUGGAGUGGGAGAACAGGAUGAAGGUGCUGUCGUGGGAGCAGGAGCUGAUGAGGGAGAAGAGGAGGGCAGUCCGACAGAAGGAGAAGGCUUUCAGGAUGAAGAAGGCUUACUACAAAGCCAAGCUAAAAAGGUUGGGCGAGGACGUGCCGCCAUCUUCCUCCAGUAGCGAUGAAGAGGAGAAAAAGCCUGGUCCGACAGGAUGAACUGUUUUAGUGGUUUUGUUUAAAUUAGUGCUUGUUUCACUCUUGCAUUCUGUUGUCUAUAUGCUCUGGAACUAUUUUUAUACGUUCAUUUGUACUUUAAUCAGCUGCUCGCACACAGUGAGGGAAUAUUGCUUUUCCUGCCAAAUGACUGAGUGUUCGUUCUUCUGUUCGUUUGAGGUACACUGAAGUUGUGAAAAACAUGACAGUAUCCUACAGUAGAAGUACUGUUACAGUUACAGAAGUAGGAUUACUUGAGUUGCAGAUUACUCAACAGUACGAAAGUAGCAACUCGAGUUACAUUACUCCAUAUGGUCAGGACUGCUAACCAGCAUCUCUGUAAUGUGAUCUCUUCUGUCAAAGGAAACUAAACUUGCUGAAUACAACAACAAUGUAUUUACAACAGCAAGUGAGAGAACACGGAAAUGCUAUGGAUGCACAGCUUGUGGAGAAACCUCUGAACUGUGUGAAAGGGUUGAUCACAUUUUAUCACAACGUGGCUUCCACAUUCAAAAUGGUAAUGUUUAUCGAUGUAAAGGGCAAAGCCUGUUCUAGGGAGAACAUUAUUUUAAACAAACUUCUGAGAUUACAUCUGAUCGCUGAUGUAGAAAUGUACAAUCUUUUAACAUGACUUUACCUGCAUAGCUUCUUUUGUUGUGCAUGUUAACAUCUAUGCUUACAGCACUUUGCUUUGUAAAUAAAUUUGCAUUUGGUACAAAA